CAGCCAGAGGGGCCAGAAAAGCAGCCCAGGAAGCAGGUGCCACCAAUACUGCUGGAUAAGCAGUUCUCAGAAUUCACACCAGACAUUACACCCAUUAUUUUGGCUGCCCAUACGAACAAUUAUGAGAUCAUAAAACUUCUUGUACAGAAGGGGGUUUCUGUACCUAGACCACAUGAAGUCCGCUGCAAUUGUGUUGAAUGCGUCUCAAGCUCAGAUGUGGACAGCCUUCGCCAUUCUCGAUCCAGACUCAACAUUUACAAAGCUCUGGCAAGUCCAUCUUUGAUUGCGUUGUCCAGUGAGGAUCCUUUCCUUACAGCAUUUCAACUGAGUUGGGAGCUUCAGGAACUGAGUAAGGUAGAAAAUGAGUUUAAGUCAGAAUACGAAGAGCUCUCACAUCAAUGCAAGCAAUUUGCAAAAGACCUCCUGGAUCAGACACGGAGUUCCAGGGAAUUGGAAAUUAUUCUAAAUUACAGAGAUGACAAUAGCUUGAUAGAAGAACAGAAUGGUAAUGAUCUUGCACGAUUGAAGCUGGCAAUUAAGUACCGACAAAAAGAGUUUGUUGCCCAGCCCAAUUGUCAGCAGCUGCUUGCAUCUCGCUGGUACGAUGAGUUUCCAGGCUGGAGGAGGCGGCACUGGGCAGUGAAGAUGUUGACAUGUGCCGUGAUUGGACUCCUGUUCCCUGUCUUCUCUGUGUGCUACCUGAUCGCUCCCAAAAGCCCAUUAGGGCUGUUCAUCAAAAAGCCAUUUAUCAAAUUUAUCUGUCAUACUGCAUCCUACUUGACUUUUCUGUUUCUGCUGCUCCUUGCCUCUCAGCACAUCGACAGGUCAGACUUGAACAUGCAGGGGCCACCGCCAACUGUCGUCGAGUGGAUGAUAUUACCGUGGGUCCUGGGUUUCAUAUGGGGUGAAAUUAAACAGAUGUGGGAUGGUGGACUACAGGAUUACAUUCAUGACUGGUGGAACCUAAUGGAUUUCGUAAUGAACUCCUUGUACUUGGCAACAAUUUCUUUGAAAAUUGUUGCAUUUUCAAAGUAUAGUGGGUUACACCCACGACAAAGCUGGGAUAUGUGGCAUCCCACACUGGUGGCUGAGGCAUUGUUUGCUAUUGCAAACAUCUUUAGUUCCCUGCGCUUGAUCUCAUUAUUUACUGCAAAUUCUCACCUGGGUCCUCUGCAAAUAUCUCUAGGAAGAAUGUUACUGGACAUUUUAAAGUUUCUAUUCAUAUACUGUCUCGUGCUGCUAGCUUUUGCAAAUGGGUUGAACCAGCUGUACUUCUAUUAUGAAACAAAUGAACCCAACAGCUGCAAAGGAAUACGGUGUGAAAAGCAGAAUAAUGCAUUUUCAACACUAUUUGAAACACUACAGUCAUUAUUCUGGUCUAUAUUUGGUCUCAUCAAUCUGUACGUGACCAAUGUAAAAGCACGACAUGAGUUUACUGAAUUUGUUGGGGCCACCAUGUUUGGAACCUAUAAUGUCAUCUCGCUGGUUGUUCUACUCAACAUGUUAAUUGCCAUGAUGAAUAACUCUUACCAGCUCAUUGCUGAUCAUGCAGACAUCGAAUGGAAGUUUGCUCGAACAAAGCUUUGGAUGAGUUACUUUGAAGAAGGAGGGACUCUGCCCACUCCCUUCAAUGUUUUACCAAGCCCCAAGUCACUCUGGUAUCUGAUCAAAUGGACAUGGAGACAUCUGUGCAAGAAAAAGAUUAGAAGAAAACCCGAAAGUUUUGGAACCAUAGGGAGGCGUGCAGCUGAUAAUUUGAGGAGACAUCAUCAAUACCAGGAAGUGAUGAGAAAUCUUGUUAAGCGAUACGUUGCCGCAAUGAUAAGAGAUGCCAAAACUGAAGAAGGACUCACAGAAGAGAAUUUUAAGGAGUUAAAGCAAGAUAUUUCCAGCUUUCGUUUUGAAGUCCUGGGUUUGUUGAAAGGAAACAGACUUUCUAAUUUGCAAACUUCAAAAAUCAACAAAGAAGCCUCUUCUUUGUUAGAGACUGAUGAAAACUGUGAGAGUGGAGGAAAGGAGAAAGUAAAGAAAAAGAACUUCAGCCUUUUUGAUAUAACUACACUGAUUCAUCCAAGAUCAGCUGCUAUAGCCUCUGAACCACAUAACUUAAGCAAUGGAGCUGCACUGAUGGUGUCUGAGCCCAUAAAGGAGAAACAAAAAAGGGUGAACUUUGUAACAGACAUAAAAAGCUUUGGAUUAUUUCAUAGACGAUCAAAAACAAGCUCCCUGGAACUGAGUGGAAAUAAAAUAUACUCUGUGUCUGAAGAAGUUUCACAACAACAGGGGGAUGAACAAUGCGAGAAAACUACUGAACUGGAAGGGGAAAAAAUGGUCAUGAACUGUGAAUUAAGUGUCCAAGGUCUCAAUGAAAAGUGCAUGCUAACAAACAAUAAGCAAACCGACAGUGAGACUUUGGAUUCACAGCACGAGGAGAAUGAUUGUGCUGUGGAAGCCGAGAAGACAGAGGUGCAGGACUCAGACCCCCCUACACCAGAGGAUUUGCUGGACAAGAAGUUGGACAUUACCAGGGACUCGGAGAUGAACGAAGAGACAGUUGUUCAGGAUGAUUAUGUAACAACGAGGUUGUGAUGCGAGUGGGAGUGAGCAUAUACAAAUAUAUAUAUUUUGCAUAGUGCUUUUUUGGGCAGGAUGUUUUAAAAGUUAUAUUAGAAAGUAUAGAAUUACACUUUAUAGUAUUCAACAACCAUGGCACAUGAACUUGUAACAUAAUUAGGUGAAGGAAAGACAAUAGAGGAACCUUCUGUUUUGUAGCCUGCUUUAGCUUUCACAAUUUGUUUUACAUUUUUUUAAUAAAUGGAAGCAUCUUGUAUUCUUGUACUGUUGCAAUAACCCACAGAAACUUUUUAGCUAUCUUUUUUCAAUUAAAACAAAUGCAAUUUCUCUCAUAUGAUAGUUGACUCCUAUGAUAAAUAUUUUUCUAUGCAAAUAAAAAGUAGCUUAAUCUUGUAAGCCUUUACUUAACUUUUUUAGUUCCUUAAAGAUAAUGGGCAGCAUAAUAAUCCAUAAGCAGUUUCUGUCAAUACAAUUAUUUAAAUGGGUAGAAAUUUGAUUUGCUUCAAAUGUUAUGGAAAUAAAUUAAAACAUAAUAUAUCAUUUAUUUAUUGAAAGAGUGUUAAUAACUGUACAUUAUGAAUAAUUUUCCUAUUUGGUUAUUUAAUUAUACUUCCCUGUCUCCCACAUAGUUAUGACCCUACUGAUGACAUUGUUACAAUUUAAUUUGCAAAAAAAAUGGGUUGUAUAAAAUGUUUCCUUUCUUAUAGUAAACAAAAUGUUUAUGGCUUGCUACAAUUUUAUGACUGUUUAUUCCGAAAGCAAUCACAAUCAGUACCAGCUAUUAUUUCUCCAAACAUCUGCUUUUUCCAAAUGUGGGCACACUAUGCACUUCAGUAUACAAUUGCUCAUUAGCUUCUGCCUUCAUAUUACAACUGCAUUUGAUAAGAGCAAGAUUACUUCAGAAAAAAUCCUCCUAAAUAUUAGAAAAAUAUGACAAUCUGCAAGGAAUAUUUGAAAGGCAAACCUAACAGAGGUUUUCUGGAUCAUCACAGAGUUUUGGGGAACCUAAUGGAUGAUUUUAUACAAAAAUACAUAGACAUUCAAAUGUAUAAUAGA